AUGCUGAUCAAUACAUUUCUGGACACUGAGGAUUUUGUACACCUGUACUAUCCGGAAGAUGAGCCUCCGACCCCGCAGGGAUGCGGCGCUGGAGCUCGUCUCGCCUCCAAGUACCCGAGGCCUCCCACCCCUGAGUAUAAACAGGAUUUAGUUAUUCCUAUUGUGGAGGUUCCGCUGCCCACAGAUACAUACAACCCUGGUUGCUUUCUAAAUCCGGCUCUAGAGCUAGUCAAGCUC